AUGUCAGAAAAGGUGAAAGGAAUUAGGGAGAAGCUUAAGAUAGCACAGGAUAGGCAGAAAGCUUACUAUGAUCGUAGGAGAAAGCCUUUAGAGUUUGAAGCGAGAGACCAUGUUUUCCUCAGAGUUAACCCAAUUACAGGGAUAGGAAGGUCAAUUAAGUCGAAAAAGCUUACACCAAAAUAUUUAGGACCUUACCAAAUCCUUAGGAAAGUAGGAACAUCAGCCUACCAGGUGGCGCUACCGCCAUCUUUGUCAAACUUGCACGAUGUGUUUCAUGUUUCCCAAACAAAGAAAGACAUUCCCGACCCUUCUCAUGUGAUAAAACCUGAACAUAUACAACUCAAGGAGAACUUAACAUACACGGCCGAACCUAAAAAGAUAUUGGAUAGGAGGAUGAAACAACUUAGGAAAAAGGAAAUCCCAUUAGUGAAAGUAGCUUGGAGUGAAGGGGAAAAUGAGGAAGCUACUUGGGAAUUAGAGGAGGAUAUGAGAAGGACAUACCCUCAACUGUUUAGUAUCUUAGGAUGUGAAUUUCGAGGACGAAAUUCUCAAAAAGGAGGGGAGAGUGUAACAUCCCACCAACCAGGUAACGACCUCAUAUGA